UCUAGUUUCCGCUAAGAUGGCGACGACCGCGUUUGGGUUUGUGUGGCGCUCCUGCUCGUUGCACGGUAGCCACUUGAGUGGGACAAGUUUUGCUUUAGGAAACUUCAGGACAUCUCGAACAAACAAGUGGUUUUAUGUCUCUGCAUACAGCAAUAGGUUUACGGCAAUGCAAGUGAGACAAGCAACUAACCUUCGUGGCUCGGGAAACUCCGACACGAAAUCAGCCAUGUCAGCACCUCCAUGGAAGGAGGCAGCCAGCCUCAUUGUAGUUAGCCGUGCCCCAUUACGAGAUGUGGUGGGAAAAGACUUGGCAACAGCCAUGAUGGCAACCGUGUGGAACAACCAGACUGAGCGCGUGUCACGCUGCGACUACCGUGUGCUGAUGGUCAAGCGGUCAAGUCUGAGCUCAUUCAUGGCCAAUGCUUAUGUGUACCCAGGUGGCCUCUGUGAGCCGUGUGACUUCUCAUCUGAUUGGUGGGAGGUGUUUGCAGCAGUGGGUGCCACAAAAGAAGCUCUUCUCAGGGAUGUCUGCAACCGGGCUAAGGGUCCACGACCUCCUAUGAUCACCAAGCCGAUGACAUUGUCACACAAUCAGCUCAGUUCUGAAGACCAUUUGCCAGGUGACUUGGCUUACCGUAUCUCAGCCAUUCGGGAGACAUUCGAGGAAACAGGGGUCUUGCUGCUCACACAAGCUGCUCCUACUCGUAGUGAGGCUGUUCUGGCCGAGUGCGUGAGCGAAAGCAUAGACACAACACUAUGGCGGCAACGGCUGCGAGAGGAUCCAGUGAACCUGUUGCGCAUGUGCCGUGAAAAUCGUCUCUGUCCUAAUGUCUGGGCCCUGCAUGAAUGGUGGGACUGGUUGACACCUAUCUCGGUGGGUCACCGACGUUAUGACACCAUGUUCUACAUCUGCUGCAUGGAUAAACAGCCGCAGGUGGUGCUCGACCAGAGCGAAGUGAUCACACUGAAGUGGUGCACCCCUGAGGGCAUGCUUCAAGAUUACUCUACCGGGGCGGUGUUCCUGGCGCCGCCGCAGGUCUACGAAACCUCGCGGCUGCUGAACAUGACAAGUUUCGCGGAGCUGAGCCAGUUCGCCUGCCGCAGGGCCACCGAAGGCUGCGAGCAGUGGAUGCCCGUCAUCGCCUCGGCCAGUGACGGUGCGCUGUCCCUGCUGCCAGGUGAUGACCUCUACCCUGAGGAGCCAGACUACUUUGGCCGAGGCCCUGGUCCUGAAUACCCGUUCAGCCUCGAGGAGCUGCGCAAGCGCUGCCAGAACCUUCACCGUAUGGAGGUGCAGGGCCCCCUGUGCACAGCCUAUUCCAACAUUGAGCCUCCCAGGGGUCACCUGCAGCCACAGACCUUCCAGGGCCCAGCAUCUAUGGUGCCGUCCAUGCUUUGACAGGCUGCUGGGCAAAGUGAGCUUGACUCAUUGCUGCUGUGUACAUUGUUUUGCUCAAGCGGCUGGGCUGCACAGGGAACUCAGCAUUGCUGCCAGUUUCGCAAUGAUGCCUUGUCCUGUAGCGCAUAAUGCAUCAUGCCUGGUUUGGCUGUCCAGCUCAGGUCUCGAGUGACUGUUAGGUGUUUAGUUGCAAAGCUUUGUUACACUGAACUUUAAUCACACAUUAGAGAAGGCCUAAUCCUUUCAUUUUGCAUAGGCAUAUGUAGGCCAAAAUAUCAACCAACAGUCUUUUUUAACAAUAUUUGUAACUUGAUCAGCAGAAUCACUCUCUGGGUGUUUCUGCAGUACAAAAAUGCCUGCAUUUAGGAGAAUGGGUGCGAGUCAGACAAUUUGAGUGAGGAGUUACUGUCUUAACCUUGGCUCUUUGGCUUUGCUGUGAUUUCUAGCUUGCCCCGCUGCCUAAAAGUGGUACCCUGUUUGUUAAGCCUUUUUUCUCAAAAACAGUGCUUGCUGCACAUCCCACAUUGCUAAUAGAUGGUUUCGUGAAACUGUGAGUGAAGAUGCUUUGUGUGAAGCAGUUUAACAUUUGUGUUAAAAGUGGAUCUCUGCACUUUAGCAGUGCCAAGUACCAAAUGGUGUUUAAAUGGUGGAAAUUAAUUGUGCACCACAAUUUUUGGGUCUUAUUUUGAUAUUUUCAUUUUCUCAUGAAAUCUUCAUUUUUAUGGCAAUAGAUUGAAUUUUUAUUUUGCUAUGAAUUGCUUUGGUUCUAUCAUAUUAAAAAUAGGGUUAGUGCUGAUGCUUUAGGAGGCCCAAUGAUUUCCAUUCACUUUGCUCUCUUAAUUGUAGCUAUCAUGUGGCUAUUGUUCAUUUGGUCUCAGAUUGUAAAUGUCAGAAAUAAGACAGAUAUGCAUCACUGUGCACUGACAUAUCUACUUUAUUUCAGUGUGCAAAGGUGUGGUCCUUGAAAGGCUGAGUUUGCUUGAAUGCGGGCACUUGUGCUGUCUGAAGAUGUGGAAUGUCAAAUUUCUGAUCCCAUUUUCCACCACGAUCCUGCAGUAUUCAUAAUUGUGUUACUGUUCUUUCAUAGAGUGGUUUCUGUACUUACCUGGUAUUUCCAUUGUGUUGAGGAAUUCAGGCUUUCGCAAGCACUCAAUGUUUUGAUGCUGCAGUGUCUUGUAUAUGUGCGACCGCAAGUGCCUAAAAUGUGAAAUAAAGUUACAACAGAUGAAAAGAGCUUGCACAAGAUACAGUUGGGAGAUAUUAUGCAUCUGAAUAGCUAUAUUUCUAUGCCAUUGUUGACUCCUGUAAAAUCUUCCUGUAAAAUGAUUCCCAAAGCACUCAGGAAUGCUGUUCAAUGACAUAUUGAAUGAAGCCUCUUACUUGUUCCAUGUAUCUUCGCUCUCCCAUACUUCAUAAACUGCAUAUGUGAUUAUGUCCUUGUAGAAGCGAACAGAUGUGCUGAAAAAAAAGUUUCAUUUUGCCAGACAAUAAACAGCUGUGACACGAAUUGCCUUACAAGAGACAUCCAGCACAGGCGGCCGUCUUUUCAGCAUAAGUUUUCAGUGACUCCUUGUAGUUGUCCAACUGCCCUUCCUCCACUGGCAUUGUUUGCUGCACUAGGAAUAACUGUGAACAUUGCAGAGGGGACAUAUCGCGUCUCUUAAUCCUGUGAUACAUGAACAAGACUGAAGUGGUUGUUAUGUAGUGUUCUACACAGUUGCCUUUAUUAGGCAUUGUUACAUUGUCGGAGAGCUGGUGACUUUUGGCUUACCAAGCUUUCCUCUGUGAUGUCCAGUUCGUCUUCCUGUGGCUUUUGAAAUUUGGGCUGAAAAAAGUCCAUACCAAGCCCAUAUUUUCUCAUGUAAUUUAUCUUGCAGCUUUGACAAGAAAGCACUGAAAUGCCUUUUUUAAUUACAUUUAUGCAGCUGACAGGAAUUCUUUGGUCAUGAAUCUCAUGAGGCUAAGGUCUUAUUUACUUUUUAAUGGUCUUUUUGCCUACACCUGUUUCAUUGAACAGCAGGCAUUGCAUAAUGUUAUGGAACAAGAAAAGCAAUAGUGUUAGCUUUAAAAUUUUAUGUUGACUACGAAAUCAGCUGUCAUACUAUGUGCCUAGCUCAAGAAUGCGAGUGACCUAGCAUUUACUGUACAGCUUUUGCAUGAUGGUGCUCUGCUGCUUCUGUGCUGCUGUUUAGGCAGCGUAUGUACGAGAGAACCUGUCAACCUGGUUUGCAAGCUUUUCUACAAUUGCCGCCAACUUCUUGAUUUGAGCAUUCAAGUCAUGACUGGAUUCUGAAAAUAGAAAUGGAGAGAUUUGAGUCGAAUAAUAUAUGGGCCUAGAUUGCAGGCUUUCUCUCAAAGAAAGUGCAAUAUCAUACCUUCUAAAUGAAGUGAUGUUUGUGUCACCACCUGUUUUCGUAGUCUGACAGGGAGGAGGCGACUAGGGCAAGGCUUGUACACCUGGAGGCUUUUGGGACCAACUGCAGCCUGAAAAUUGCUGUUGCACAUGUACAGCCGCUUGUUUAAUAAAAGUUAUACACAAAACU